CAGCGCCGAGAAGUCCUUCACUCUGAAACCACAACAAUUGAAUAGAAGGAAGCGCUGCUCGCUGACUUUUUUCCUCCCACAAAGACUCACUUCCCUUCAGCUCUUCUGUUCUGUUCAUCUGGAGCUGGAGGACGCACGAAAACCGCAGUAGAGAAACAUGGACACCCUGAUUCUGGUUUUAUUGGUGUUGGUGAGCUUCAGCUGUGUGUCCAGCUUCCUCGUCAUGUUGACCACGAAGAGCUUGUGUAUGCAAACCCGAAGUCAGGACGUCAUCCUGGGACCCUGUGAUGUCACUAACCCUGCCCAGCAGUGGGAGUGGCUGGGCGGAGCCAGGCUGAUCCACGUUCAGUCCUCCAGGUGUCUCUGGGCCGAUCCCAGCCCUCACCUGCCGCCCCACGCCCGCCUUGCAAAACUCAGAGACUGCAGCGCAGCGCCGGCGUGGAGCUGCCACAACACUGAUGGAGCGUUUGGAUUGGUCGAGACACGCAUGUACCUUAAGAAACAGGGACCAAGGGUGGUGAUCGGAGGAAACCGAUCACAGCUGUCAGAGUGGAGGAAGUACUAUGUCGACUCAGGAGGGAAUCAACUGAUGACGUCUUUAUGCUCUGAAACAGACACAACUCCUAUCUCCACCAUGUUUUAUUCAUCCACACAUAAACCACUGGGACUCUCCAGCACCGUCUACACCAUCAGAAGUCCUGCCAUGACCGUCACUAAUGAACGAUUAUCAAACACAGUAAAAACCCACAGAACCACCAGGCAGGUCACCGCCUCAGACGUCCACAGCUCAAUAACCAACACAGCUUCAGCAUAUGUGGACGAUAUCACCAAACCUCGAACGGGGAGGUCGUUAACAACAGACGUCAAUCCUGACAUUUCCACUUCAGUCAAAGAGCUGUCAACUUUAAAUGGCAGCCAUGUUGUCAGUCCAGCCGUAUUCACCACUGACCGAUCUACAGACGUGUCGGAGAGUUCGUCAGCUAGAAAUGUCCCCUGGCUCGGGAACGAAGCCGAGACGCCAGCAGUGCACCAAGAUGUUUCCACCACGUCCUCUUCAACUGGAAAUGAACCUGAGUCAACUGAGACUGAAGCUGUGACGUUGGUUUCCUCCACAGUUUCCUCAGAGACAAACACAAGUGACACGAUGGAUCUCCUGGUCACCUCUGAGGUCACUUCUGAUGCUACCGUUGGUUUAUCUGCUGCUUCUGAUACAGAGUCAAGCCAAGAUACGAGUUAUACAACACAUUCAACUACUGACAACAAGACCUACCUUUCACCUGCAUCCACCACACCUACACCUCCUACGACUGCUCAUGUACCUUCAACAGCAGAUAUGAAUUCUACAUCAAUCAUGGAGACAGAUCCACCAUCAAACCCUCAAGCCCGGCAGACAAUUUCUCAAACUUCACCCAUAGUUACCUCAACGCUGCCGACAGUCUCUACAGUUCAUCCAAAAAUCCCAACAAGCACCACGACUGAUGGUGCUCCACCGACAUCUCCAACAUCCGGGGAUACAUCUAUAGGAAGGAUCUCCACCUUAACAACUAUCCCACCUACGAGUCCGACAAACACACCUACAACAGCAACCAAACCCACAACCACCCCUGUAACUAAACCCAUUACAACCACAACUGAACCUACUACCAGCCCUGUAACUACACCCAUUACAACCACAACUGAACCUACUACCAGCCCUGUAACUACACCCAUUACAAUCACAACUGAACCUCCUACCAGCCCUGUAACCACACCCAUUACAACCACAACUGAACCUACUACCAGCCCUGUAACCACACCCAUUACAACCACAACUGAACCUACUACCAGCCCUGUAACCACACCCAUUACAACCACAACUGAACCUACUACCAGCCCUGUAACCACACCCAUUACAACCACAACCGAACCUCCUACCAGCCUUGCAACCACGUCCAUUACAACCACAACCAAACCCACAACCACCCCUGUAACAAAACCUAUUAGAACCACAACCAAACCCACAAACAGCCCUGUAACAUCCAUUACAACCACAACCAAGCCCACUACCAGCCCUGUAAUCACCUCUAUUACAACCACAACCAAACCCACAACCACCCCUGUAACAACAUCCAUCACAACCACAAUCAAGCCCACUACCAGCCCUGUAAUCACCUCUAUUACAACCACAACCAAACCCACAACCACCCCUGUAACAACAUCCAUCACAACCACAAUCAAGCCCACUACCAGCCCUGUAAUCACCUCUAUUACAACCACAACCAAACCCACAACCACCCCUGUAACAACAUCCAUUACAACCACAACCAAGCCCACUACCAGCCCUGUAAUCACCUCUAUUACAACCACAACCAAACCCACAACCACCUCUGUAACAACAUCCAUUACAACCACAACCAAACCCCCAACCAGCCCUGUAACAAUACCCAUUACAACCACAACCGAACCCACAACCACCUCUGUAACAACAUCCAUUACAACUACAACCGAACCCACAACCACCUCUGUAACAACAUCCAUUACAACCACACCCAAACCCACUACCACCUCUGUCACCGAACCUGCAACUACAUCCACUACAACACGUACAAUCACAGCGACCACAACCAUCAGAACCACACCCAUUGCAACAACUAUCCAAACCACACCACCCAUCACUCCAACUACCACCACAACAAGCACAACAACACCUGCAGCUACAACAACAACCAGAACAACCGCAGCUCCUCCGCCGACUACUUCUACACUUCAAGCCACAACCUCAGGAUUAACCACUGUUACACCUGUCCGGUCCCGCUGCUCCGUAAACUUCACAAAAAUCAGCUCUGGCUCCGAUUCCGCUGUGGUGAAGUUCACCACCGCCGGGCUCUCCUGUAACUUCACCCUGUUUGCUGGUGAGGACUCCCGGGCUGUUCCCACCGAGUGUGACCCGGAUGGAGAGUCCAGAAACACCUUCACCUGUCAGAUCCCGGGUCUGGAACCCGGGACUUUGUACCGUUUAACUGUGAUUUCCAAGAAGGAUGGAGAGAGGAGCAACGCGUCAGUGCGCACAGACCCGGUCGGUCCGGCUCAGCUGGACGUGGACCAGGUUCAGACCCAAUUUAGAAGCCAGUCUGUGGUCCCCGGUGGUUCUUCAGGUCUGCGGGUGUUGUGGUCUCGUUCUGCUGGUCACGUGGACUGGUAUGAUCUGACUCUGGAGGACGCUGGCUCCGGAUUCACCCGCAGCACCAGGAUUAUGGACUCUGCAGCCCCCCAGUCUGGUUUCAGCGCCCUGACCCCCGGCACCCUUUACACCGUCAGUGUGGUGGCAACAGCCGGAAACAAGAGCGCUCCACCCGUCCACCGCUCAGCCGCUACAGUCCCGGCUGCAGUGAGCGAGGUGACGGUCAGUAACAACGGUCGAAUGGACUUCCUCAGCGUGUCGUGGCGUCCGGCUCCCGGUGAGGUGGACAGUUACCUGGUGACGCUGAGCGACCGGGAGAAGACGCUUCACACCGUCUCUGUGUCCAAAUCCAGCCCAGAGUGUGUGUUUAACUCUCUGGUGUCCGGACGACUCUACAACAUCUCCAUCACCUCCCGCAGCGGCCUCCACCAGAACCACACCUUCGUCCAGGAGAGAACACAGCCGUCGAAGGUCCAGAACCCGACGGCGACCCACGCUGCUCGGGACGACUACCUGAAGGUGUACUGGCUUCACGCCGCUGGAGACUUUGACUUCUACCAGGUGUUCAUCAAACACAACAACAUGUUGCUGCAGAACAAGACGGUUCUGAAGACGCAGAACGAGUGUGUGUUUAGCGGCCUGGUGCCCGGCAGACUCUACACGGUGCUGGUGAGCACCUGGAGCGGGAAAUACGAAACCAGCGCCUCUACCGACGGCAGGACCUUUCCAGCGCCGGUCCAGUCUCUGGUUCUGGCUGGUCAGGGUACUGAGGACCUGCGGGUGACGUGGUCUGCCGCCCCAGGUGACGUGGAUCACUACGAGGUGCAGCUGCUGUUCAACGACAUGAAGGUGUUUCCUCCAGUCACUCUGGGCAGCGGCGUGGGAGAGUGUGUCCUGUCGUCGCUCACGCCUGGACGGCUCUACAAGAUCCUGGUCUCCACCUUCAGUGGCCCCAACCAGAGGGCCCAGUUCAUAGAGGGCCGUACAGUUCCCAGUAAAGUGAAGAACAUCCACGUCAGUAACAGCGGAGACAGCAGCAGUCUGAAGGUGAGCUGGACUCCCGGUCAGGGCGAUGUGGACGGAUACUCGGUCUUUCUGUACAGACAGGACAGACAGCUGGACGUCCGACCCGUCUCCAAACACCAGAACGAGGUGACGUUCGGUUCCCUGCAGCCUGGACAGAUGUACAGUGUCACGGUUCAGUCUCUCAGUGGAGAGCUGCUGAACAACAACACGGCCGCCGGACGCACAGUGCCCUCAGCAGUCUCGGGUCUCCAGCUGGAGGACCUCCACUCCACCUGCAGCCUGCAGGUGAGCUGGCAGGAGGCUCUGGGUGUGUCCGAUGGAUACGUCCUUCAGCUUCUAGAUGAAAGAGGCAGCCUGGUCACAAACUCCUCUCAGCCCUCCGGACACACCAGGUACAGGUUUGACGGCCUCAUUCCGGGCAAGAAGUACCGAGUCCUGGUACAGACCACCAGCGGGGGGGUCCACAGCCUGGGAGUCAGCUUAGAGGCUCGGACACGUCCUGCAGCCGUCACUGAUCUGUCCAUUAAAGCCAACACCACCACCAGUCUGUCCUUCCACUGGUCUCCACCAGAGGGAGACUUUGAGCUGUAUGAGAUCUUCUUGUAUAAAAGUGACGACUCGCUGCAGGAGAGUCAACGCAGCCAGUCCAGCAGUCAGCAGUUCUCCUUCCAGGGCCUCAGACCUGGAGCUCCGUACCGGAUGGUGGUGGUGACCCACAGCGGGGAGCAGAGCAACCAGUCAUCCAUCUGGGGAAGGACAGUCCCAGCAGCUGUGGCGUCUCUGAAGGCUCAGAGUGGAAACGAGUCUGAUGCUCUGCGGGUGACCUGGGAUCGGGGCAGUGGCGAUGUGAGCGGAUACCUGCUGACUCUCUACAACCCCGACGGCUCUCAGCGGGCCAGGCAGCAGCUGGGGUCAGAGGUCACCGAGUUCGUCUUCUCAGACCUGGUACCUGGUCGACUGUACGGGGCCGAGGUGCUGAGCCUCAGCGGGGAGCUGAGCAACAAAGCCACCGCCGUGGGCAGGACCGCUCCCAGACCUCCAACCUCCUUCCUGUUCAGGGGGGUCACCAACACCUCCCUGGAGCUCACCUGGAGCGGCCCCGUCGACUCCGACUAUGACGACUUUGAACUCCAGUGGACUCCUCUGGACCGGCUCUCCGUCAUCAACCCGUACCACAGCAGAACCUCCGGCAGCCGCAUCCUGAGAGGGAUGUUCCCCGGACGCCUGUACACCUUCAGCCUCCGCAGCGUCAGCGGGGCCACGGAGGCCGGGGCCACACCGACCUACAGCACACCCAUUCACAACAGCAUCCGGACCAAGCCGGAGCGAGUCCACAACCUCCACUGUCGCCCUCAGAGCUCCACCUCCAUUUCCUGCUCCUGGGGGCCCCCAGAGGCCGACUACGACUCCUACACCAUCGAGUGUCUCAACCAGGACUCCCAGAUCCUGGUCUACUCCCGACGCACCGGCCGAGAUUCCACCACCUACCUCAUCAACCAGCUGGAGCCCCACAAACGCUACACGGUCUCUGUGAAGGCGAUCUCGGAUCAGACGACCAGCGAGGAGGCUCAGGACAGCGUGGUCACCAUGAUCGACCGUCCUCCGGUGCCCCCCAUCAGUAUCCGGGUCAGUGACCGGUCUGCUGUGGUCACCAAGUCCUCCAUCUUCUUCAAGUUUAACUGCAGUUGGUUCAGUGACGUCAACGGAGCCGUUAAAUUCUUCACUGUGGUGGUGACGGAGUCUGAAGAGUCUGCUGACGUGCAGCCGGAGCAGCAGCACCCUCUGCCCUCCUACCUGGACUAUAAAUCCAACAGCUCCGUUAAAUCCUACCAGACCAGUUACUUCCCCAGUCACUGCGCCGAGGGCCCCGACAGCAGCUCCCACAGCUUUGAGCUGAGCGUGGGGACGGGGAUGGACUCGCUGGGGGGCUCCUGUGACCGCAGAGACUCAGACCUGGAUCCAGAGACCAACAGAGACCUGAACCAGUUCUGUGACGGACCACUGAAACCCAAAACUGCCUACAGGCUCAGUGUUCGAGCUUUCACUCAGCUGUUAGAUGAAGAGAACAGCGACAACAGCGCCAGGUCUCCUCUCUUCACCGACACGUACCUGUCGCUACCUGUGCUCACCGAGGCUGAGCCUCUGAGCGGCGUGAUCGAAGGCGUCAGUGCCGGCAUGUUCCUCAUCAUCAUAAUGGUGGGAGUCACCGCUCUGCUCGUCUGCAGGCAAAAGGCUCGCAAAGUGGUCGAGGAGAGAGCGACUGUUAGGAUGAGUGUGAGGAGAGAGAGACCAGCACCAGGAGUUCAUGUGGGGGGCAGAGGCAACCGUCGAAUCUCCAGUCCCAUCAAGGUCCUGAACUUUGAGUGUCACUACAACAAACUGCAGGCCGACUCCAACUACCUGCUGUCAGACGAGUACGAGGACCUGAAGGACGUCGGUCGUAAUCAGCCGCUGGACUCGGCUCUGCUGCCGGAGAACCGCGGCAAGAACCGGUACAACAACAUCCUGCCCUACGACUCAACGAGGGUGAAGCUGUCCUACGUGGAUGAUGAUCCGUGCUCCGACUACAUCAACGCCAGCUACAUCCCUGGGAAUAACUUCCGUCGGGAGUACAUCGCCACACAGGGUCCUCUGCCAGGAACUAAAGAUGAUUUCUGGAAGAUGGUUUGGGAGCAGAACGUCCACAACAUCGUGAUGGUGACUCAGUGUGUGGAGAAAGGCAGGGUGAAGUGUGACCACUACUGGCCGUUUGAUCAGGACCCUCUGUACUACGGAGACUUGAUCGUCCAGAUGCUGUCAGAGUCUGUUCUUCCUGAGUGGACUAUACGAGAGUUCAACAUCUGCAGUGAGGAGCAGCUGCGCUUCACUCGGCUGGUCCGUCAGUUUCACUACACAGUGUGGCCCGAUCACGGAGUCCCAGACACCACUCAGUCCCUCAUCCAGUUUGUCCGGACCGUCCGGGACUAUGUCAACAGAAGUCCUGGAUCUGGACCCACCGUGGUCCACUGCAGUGCUGGUGUGGGCCGUACAGGGACCUUCAUCGUUCUGGAUCGAGUGCUGCAGCAGCUGGACACCAAGGACACGCUGGACAUCUACGGCUCCGUCUUUGACUUGCGACUCCACCGAUCACACAUGGUGCAAACUGAGUGUCAGUAUGCGUACCUCCAUCAGUGUGUUCGUGAUGUUUUGAGAGCCAGGAAGCUCCGCAGUGAGCAGGAGAACCUCCUCUAUCCUGUCUAUGAAAAUGUGAACUACAACUCCCAAAGAGAGAUGCUGUGCGCCAGACGUUAAAGAUUGUAUGUGACUACUGAGCGAUAUGUUGAGCACUACAGGGAAACAUGGCAAUUCUAUUUUUUUAUUACAUUAUUAAUGUGUAUAGAAUGUUUAUAGAAAAAACUUUAUUACUAACAACUAUUAUUUAUGUAACAUACAGGAUUAAUGACAACAGAACUGUACAUAUACUUCCAUCCUAUCUGUGUGUAUUUGUAUAUAUUUUAUCAAACAUUUCUAUAAUGGAUGCUUUUUAAAUUGUGUGUUUGUGUUUUAUAAGCUAUAAUAUUUGCACAUUACAGUUAAACAAAUCAUACAAACCAAAGUCUUUCAUAUGUUUUUCCAAACUCUGUGUGAUGCUGAAGGAUUUUAGUUUCCAGUAUGUUUUCCUUUAUGUUUCUGUCAAGACAAACUGCAUCAUGUUGCCAACAAUAGUGAGACUCUGUCGUGGUUCACAAUGAAUGGAUGGAUUACUGAACGGGCCCCUACAUGGCACCAGGGGCCCCGAGGCGUCAAGUAUGAGUGGACUGUUAUAAACUUCACAGAGCUCAGUCCUGCAUUAAACGUUAGUGUAGUUUCAAACUGCAUCCUCCACACUGAACAUGAUCACCUUCAUGAAGGAGGAUUUAUUACUAGACUGCUGGACUGUUUUAGUUUGAUGGUUCCUGAGUAGUGUCUGCAGGCGUCCUCUCAAGCCUUAGCCCUGAGUAGUGUCUGCAGGCGUCCUCUCAAGCCUUAGCCCUGAGUAGUGUCUGCAGGCGUCCUCUCAAGCCUUAGCCCUGAGUAGUGUCUGCAGGCGUCCUCUCAAGCCUUAGCCCUGAGUAGUGUCUGCAGGCGUCCUCUCUGGCGGUUACCCUGAGUAGUGUCUGCAGGCGUUCUCUCAAGCCUUAGCCCUGAGUAGUGUCUGCAGGCGUCCUCUCUGGCCAAAGCCCUGAGUAAUGUCUGCAGGCAUCAUUCAUUUAAACAGAUAUGACAACAUGUCCUGUUUUGACCAUGUCCUGCAGGAAGUUGUUUCUUUAUAACUGUGCAUUUUUGGAUUAUCAAAUGUGUUUAAUAACUUUUGAUCAUUAGUGACUAUAGAGUCUGUGUGCACAAAUUGGUGUAGAUCGGACUCUCUGUUUAGGAGGAGUUAAAAAAAUGCCUUCGGGCUUGGACCCCUAAAAACAACUCUGUUCUGCUCAUUAACCUAUAUCUGGAUGUUGGCAGCUGGACAAUCAGAGGACACUUUAAAAUAGAUAUUACUGAGUAAAUUUACCUCAAACUAUAAAAAUGAGAGGGACAAAAAUAACUUUCAGAAAAUUUUCCCGCCUGGAAACAACAUUCUUGAGUUUAGUUAACCUGCACAAUGUUACAGGGAAUUCUGUGAAUGUACCGAGGGGCCAGUUGUUUAGUAAUCCAUCCAGUCAUAAUGUUUUCACUGUGCAAAUAAAAGCUUAAAGCUCCUGAAAAAUUGGUUUCAAACUUGGAGAAAUGUCUCUAACACCAAAUGUUCAUGAGGAUAUACAGUAAGCAAAAAUCACAGCUGAAGUUUGGAAAAAACAUCCAUAGGUUUUAUUUAUUAAGAGUUUCAAAACUCACAGGUGAUUUUUGAUCAGAAGAGAUAAAAUAUUAGCACAGACUGAAAUAUCUCUUGUGAAAUAACUCAAAAGAUGUGUAGAACUCAGUCACACAUGAGAGGCUGAUUAAGAAAAUGUGUUUUCAGGGCUUUAAAUUUGCAUCUUGUAUCAGUGAAAUAUGUUUUUAAUCCUAAAUGUGUGAAAGAUAUCAUCUGAGCAUUAUGUUUUACCACGACCUGAACUGUUCUUCAUGGUGUUAGAGCAUACUGUAUGUGAGAACAGUUAAUUAAACACAACAGAGAAUGUAGAAAUAUUAUGACUAUUCAUGCAUUAUCGAUGCCUACCUGCUCCAACACGACUGUAAACUCACUGUGAUGGAAUCCUUCAUGUCAAUAAUCAGAUUUAUGCCUCUGUGAGCGUUCAAUCUUUGGCUCCGUGUGCAUUACUCUGUGUAUGACGCAUAUUUGUGGGUGUUUGAAUAAAACAAGUAAUUAUGUAUUUUUUCA